AACCAUUGAAAAGCAAGACGAGGCGCAGAAGAGUACCUCCCGUUCGAUUGUCUCCUGAUGGUGUCGUGAAACCUCUUUCUGAUUGCUUGCAUCGGAGCAAAAACGAAAAUAACGAUGCAGAAUUACCCUGUGAAUUUAUUGUGAACAAAUUUGUGUGCUAUCCUGAAAAACUAUGAAGUGACCGUCAAGGAUUUAGUGUAAUGUUUUGUUUUUUUUUGGAUGCGCCCCAUUUUGGAUGUUCCGUGAGAGUAGUGGAUUAUUCAUGUGGUAAUUGGUAUCUGUAUGUUUGGGAUCCUCUCUACCUGUGGGGUAAGUGAGAAAACUUGAAAAUCGUAGUUAUCAAUAGCCGUAAUUUUGUGUACGAGUAUUGAUAGGAAAGUGAAAAAUUGAAGCAAACAAAAUGAAAAAAGUGAAGAGCACACACUGAAAGUGAAUCCACUCCCGAGUGAUUAUGAAAACAUUCCUGUCGAGUCUUCAAGGCUGCCGUGUUUGUAAUUGCUGCUGUUGGUGAAUGGAAAAGAUGGAAGCAGUGUCGGAAUGAGGCGAUGAGAACUGCGCCUAGUUCAAUCUGCCAGUAGAAAAAUACAACGACGUAGUGAAGACUCCUAUUAAAUGUGUCCUAAAUGUACGCUGUUAAACGGAGAUUAAAGGUCAUCGUCGGAGCUAGCUGCAAAAACUGAUAGAAAGGUACGGUCCAGUAAAUCUCAUCACAAAGGAACUUGUAGUUUGCAGUCCGGAGUAGAACCACACAAUGGUGCACAGUGGUGCGUACUUUUCGCACUAUCUGCUGCGACCACCGCCAUCAUCAAUAGGAAUAUCUCAGCAGCUGUCUGCCAGUAGCUUUCGCCAUCGGAAAUCUACUACCACUAGGAAGUACUACUUGUCAUCAUUGCCGCGGCUUGCGGAGACGUCAAUUGUAACCGAUAGAACCAAUUCAAGCCCCACUUUGCUAGCGCUGUCAUCACUGCUAUCACUAGUGUUGCCCUCGAACGAAGAGGAGUUAGCGCCGGACAAUCAGCAUCAGCUAGCGAAUCGAAUGCAGAUCGGGUCUAUUGUUCAGUCGCCACGGAAUCGUUAAAUAAAUUUCCUUAUAUCAGACGAGACUGCAGUUCGUUGGGUUCCAGCGCCGCCACAGGAGUGUGGUGGGAGCGAACCAGAGAUUAGUAAUAAUAGAGUUCUUAGGGAUUAGGACGAACGAACCUAUCAGGGUUUUUCGGAGGAAGCGAUGUAUUCCGAUACCAUCGCGGAACUGGACACGAUAGCCAAUGUGAUCGGUCUGCGGGGUGUUGGUACUAGUACUUUAAUUAAGUUUGUGGAUAUGUGGUACCAUGUGUUCCUGUGGGCUCUGUUCUCAUCAAUCGUCAUUCACACCGGUGCAGCGGUGAUCGCAUUUGUAACGCUGCGCAAACAUAAGUUCGGUCGAUUUUUCUCAAUUUUUAUUCUGGUUAUGGGUGUGGUCUCUCCGGUUACCGGAGGUACCGUUAGCAGUGCAACCAUUGCCUUUGUACAUAGAGCCUCGAAUCUACCGAUGUCGCCCAUCUUGGCAAUGGUGUAUGGCGUAGGUCAGACUAUACUGUCUGCCUGUCUCGGGUUUACGCGAGUACUAGCGACAUUGUAAAUACAUGUAUCCGUUCUUACGUGGUUAUUGUAUUAAUACACCAGAACUAAGAAGACCACUGAAAAAAAUAACUCACACAUGCAAAUCUACACACAUCUAAAUUAUUGUACUAGUAGAAAUUCUAAAUAGAACAGAAAACAAAAUAGGAAAAUGUUAGUCAUUUUACGAUAGACCAGGUUUUUAUCAAAAUGCGAAAGAGAAGAAGAAAAAGAUAAACAUACGUAGAGGCACUCCGGUGAGGAGAACCUUCCUAAUGGCCAUAGAGGACAAGAUAUGGUUAUUAAUAAUAAAGUCAAGUCAGCAAACUGCUAACGAAUAAGCUGAUACUAGCUUAGCGUAAAAGAAACUGGAAAGGGAAGCGAAUACAAAGCGAAAGAAAACAACAAGAGGAAUAGUGAUAUAUACCUAAAGAAAUAAUUGAACCUAAUUAGUAGCAAAAAAUAAAUGGGAUAAUCUAAAGCUAGUUAAUGGAAUCAAACGCCACUAUAACGAAACCUAAAUGUGCUAUCAUUAUCACUAUCAACCAACAAAGAAAACAAAACCAGAACCUGCACUUUCGAUAUCAUUUGGCCCAAGCUUCCCUAUGUUCAUCAACGCAUACCCCUCGCCUUCCUAGAAGAUUCACUUUGCCCAACAUAUCUAUAAUAGCAGCAGAUGGAAUCAAUUAUUUAUUUAUAAUUACUGUGCUUUUUGUCAUGUUUCUAUUCCCCUACGUCCCGCAGCAUCCCCUUGUGAGGAGUAAAGUAGCUUUGCAGAGUUUCCGAGUGUUAUUCAUAUUUGUUCCCCAUCAUUCUGAAUCCAGCGAUCGUUUCUAAUAGGAGUUGUGUAUUUUGCUCUCAAUAGUUAUAGUAGCGAUGUAUGUAUAUUUUGUUUCGAUAUUAUUAUUCCUUGAAAACAAGCGAACAUUUUAGUUGCUAGGCAAUAAAGUGGGAAUCAAUAAUAUGGUUUAGUAAUGAAAGGGAUUGUAAUUAAAGAAGAGACAUAUUAGGCGAACAAGGAAAGAGAUGGUGAAUAUUGUGUUAAGCUGAAGUCAAAUUCUCUCUAAAUUUAAAAAUAAUCAAGAUAUAUUAAAUAUAAGCAAAAAUACAACAAAACAAAAAAACUCCUUGAUGCUUAGAACGAAGCAGGUUUUAAUCAUAUUGAAUAAAUGAAUAAUAAUAAAAGUCAGUAAAUCGA